GGCGGAAUCCCGGGAACCCUGGUCUCCAGUGUGAGCAGCCUGAGGCCUCUGGCCAGGAGGGCCCCGGGGUCGCUGCCGAUCUGCUGAAGCAACGUGAGCCCCCGGCGUCCAACCAGUGGUCAACCAGGGCAGGAAACGACCUUUAACUCUACAAGGGCAGCUCCAUUUUUCAUAAGAUGGCCGUUGUAAAACCCCACAGGCAAGAGCUGAAGGAUGGAGAAGACUCCUUUGACAAGGUGUCACCCCUGCUUCUGAAGAGCCUAGUGGAGGAACCCAGAAAAAGAGGAGAUGUACCUAACCACCUCUUGGAGUCCAAGAUUUAUGCCAAGCUCCUGAAUAACAAGGUUAUCGAAGCCAAACCCGGCAUAGUGCAUUUUGGAGGCUGCCAAAUAGAAAAGCAGCACCAACAGAUUCUGUACCUGGUCAAUAUUUCUGACGAAGACACGCAUGUUCAUAUUUUACCCCCACAGACCAAAUACUUCCAGAUAAGCUAUGAGAAAAAGGAACACCGCCUGGUCCCGGGCUUGUCUCUGAAGAUCACCAUUACAUUUUCCCCAGAUGAGUGGCGCUACUAUUACGAUUGCAUCCGUGUUCACUGUAAGGGAGAUGAAACCUUACUUAUUCCCAUCCAUGCCUACCCUGUCCUGAACACUCUGGACUUCCCCACCUUUAUUAAUCUAUCAAAUGUCCUCCUUGGAGAGAGCAAAAGUUAUGUGAUUCCCUUGCAGUGCAGCUGCCCCGUGGACUUUGAAUUCCAUAUCACUUUGCUUCAAGCUCACCAAGCCUUUACAAUUGAGCCCACAUCAGGAGUAAUUCCAGCUAACAGGAAGAUGAAAGUGACCGUCAAGUUCACACCCUUUCAGUAUGGGAUGGCGCAAAUGAAAAUGCAAUUGUGGAUCUCACAGUUCAACUCUCAGCCAUACAAAUGUGUCUUCACAGGAACAUGCUACCCCAACAUGGCCUUACCAUUAGAAGAGUUUAAAAGAUUAAAUGCUCAUGCUAAGAAAGUCAAAACUUCUCUAGAGAGCACAUUACCACUCGUGCAUUUUAACAAGCCUCCAGCCGAAACAAAGCCUCAGGAGUUGAAGGAAAUUGAAUACCAGAACCUGCGGUUUCCAGUCAACUUGUCUAAUCCAUUUGCUGUGGCAACUGUUCUAAACCAAGAACCAGGAAAACUGAAGAUUAAAGAAUUAAGACAAGUCUUGGACCAAGGCGAUGAGAUUUCAAAAACAAGACAGAUGAAGGAGGCGCUGUUUGAACAAAAAGUCAGACAGGACACUAUUGAAGAGAGCCAAAAUCAUCUUAAGUGGCAGGUGCACCUUGGUAAAGAUCAUGUAUCUUUUAAAUUUAAAAAAGACCUCGCUGAAGAGCGGCAAAAAGAAUACGACAAAUAUAAGCUAUACAGAGGAGAUCCUGUUUUGGAUAAGGAAUUCCAGCGACUCAAGACAGAACAAAGCAAUAGAAGGAUUGUUCGCAACUUGGAAGAGAAAAUCCAGGAAUUCCAUCCAACUUUUGAUCCACUCAGUAGUAAUACAUGGCUCAACAGAUUCAGGGCCCAAAGACGGUUCCAACAGGCAGCACACAAGAUCAUGAUUCAGCGACGGAUGAUCAAAAUGCUAAGUGCUUUCCGUGAAAUGGACAAUGAAGGUGUCAUGAGAAAACUCAUCCAAGUACAGCGGACAUUAAUUCAAGAGAAGAACCCUUACAAGCACCUCCAAUCACGAGUAACUCUUGAAGACUAUUCCUGUCGGUUCAGGAUGGAGCAUGAAAAAAUACUGCCCUUCGCCUUCCCGGCCUACAGCCCUCCUCAGGAAAAUGACGAGCUGGCUCCUGACGGCCUUGGACUGGUCCCAAUUAAGCCUUUAGAUGUUCAAAUCAAGCAGAGUUAUUCAUUCUUCAAUUUGCAGGUGCAUCAGCUGUACAAAAUUAAGGGAUAUCAGAUGCUCUGUGUCCACCAGGCUUCAACAAAUUACAGGCCUCAAAAGCUUGCUCGAGCCCUGAAGCAAGGAGCUGAGGAUGAAGUCACCACCAUCAUUGCCCUGCCCAAGCAAGACUCCACACAACUCUCUGAAAAGCCCUCAAUCUUGAGUAUGAAACCACCUGAGGCCUUAGCCAUGUCCUUUGAAUAUGACCCACUGUAUGUCUUUAAUCCCAACCCUGAGCUAUUUGCUGUGAAGCACCCUUUGACCUACGCAGAAACACUGAUAGAAUACCAUCUGUGCUCUCACCCCAAGUACAGGUUCACCCAUGAGACCCACCUGGGGUCCAGCAUUCCUCUUACCCAAAAGCAGUUUCUCAGUCACACGGAUAUUAUUCCUGGUAUUAUGCUCUGGAAGCAGUUCCAGCCCCUGGUGUUCUUGUCCCUGACAGACCCCUCCAGGAGGGAGACCACCCAGAGAUAUGAUUCCUACAAUUCAGUUAUGCUGCCCGUAGACCUCCCUGCCCCUCUGGAUGGCUUACCAGAAGAAGACAGACUGGAAACUAUUGAACGUGAGCUCUGUGAGCACAGCACAGAAGUCACGCUGACUCCAGAAAUGAUUCAAGUGGAAUUCCCCAUGUUGACCCAGAAGGACACCAGGAAAGAGAAAGACACGAAGGAGCAGGCGCAGCCCCUUGAGAAGGUGGGAGACAAGGUGCUUGAGGAGAUGAGGACUCUGAGGAGCAAAGCUCUCAACUUGCAUCUGAUCCUGGAAUGAAAACCACCAGCGGGUCCGCUCCUCUCCUCUGCUUCCCACAGCUCCCCAAGGUCCUCU